CAUGUAAUAAAUUGAGCAAGCAAUACAAAACAAACACCAUUAAAUCUGAAAAAAGUAGUGUCGAAAAAAAAUAGCAGCAAACAGCUAGCAGUUUGUUCUUGCGUACAAAUAACUGCGCGGUUGAAUACAACAGCAGAAGCUGCGCGCGGUCUUUACAUGUAAAAAGAAGAUAGUGUUGAAUUCAGAAAAGUCCGUUGGUGAACCACAAAAAUAUCCAAUUAUCGUGUUCGGAAAUGUUCAUUGAUAAUUUGAAAAAUAAAAGAUAAUAAAAGAGCGCAUGGUGAUCUAAAAUUCUCUUGGUGUCGGAAUGUACGAAUUACCGUUGAACGUCGCGGCAGGUUCGGCCGCUCUCUGUCGCUCGUUUUACAUCGCGGCCUUUUGAUACCUCUUUUAUACCCUAGAAAGAGGAUAAUUCUAAAAUUGGCCUAUACGUGCGCGCACGCGUAUUACCGAUUUAUUUUUGUUUGCGUUGUACCCUGUACGUUGUUUGUUAAGUGGUUUUAACAAUUUCUGUAGUUUUUGAUGCCAUUUUAAGAUUUGGGAUUUGCGCCUGUCUGGUUUUUGGACAUCCGACACUUUUGGGGCAUUCUUUUAAUAUGUGUUGAUGCCUCAGCAUCUGUUGUGCCCGCGACUGUGUCCUGUGCAUGUGUGUUUUGUGUGUGCGUGCUGGAAUUCCAGCGCUUCUUGCAUCUCUGUCUGUGUGUGCGUGUGCCACACUGAAGUACUGUUUUUUUUCGAGUUGCUGCAACUAAAAACCAAAUCAAAAGUUAACCAAGCGACAAUGUGAUGCGCGACAGUGAUAAACGACACAAAACAAAAGCACAAAUGGCAACAACAAAGGCAACGAGAGAGAUGGAGUAACAGAAACAACAACAGCAACAACGACGACGGCUGCAGCCAUAAAAUAGAGAUAUCCAAGAAGAGAAAGAAAAAAGAAAAAAAAAACGUUGACUGCAAACGCGGAAAUGCACUUGAGCGAAUAAUUUUAUAAACCAAGCGACAAAACAAAAAUAAUACAAAAAAAAACAGCAACAAAAGAAGCAGAAGAAGAAUCAGCAACAGAGCAAGAAAUUGCUUGUCAGCAAAUUGCAGACGAAAAAGGAGAAGAAGAGAAGAUACCUGCACAUAAACGAACGAACGGACGCUCUCUCUUUCUGUCUCCUUUUUGUGUGCGUGUGUGCGAGUGUGUGAGUGUUGUAUGCGCGCUUGUGUGUGUGUUUGUGCAAUGAUCAGCGAGGCGCCUGCGCACAGCAGCAGCAGCAGCAGCAGUGUCAGCGUCAGCGUCAGCAGAGACCAUUGAAAACGGGGCGCACACACCAAAAUGUUUCAGGCGGCCGUCAGUGACGCUAGCAUUACAACAACAACAAACACAGAACAAAGCAGCGACGCCGCAAACGUAACAGCAACGCCAGAGGAAAAAACGCAACGCCGUCGCUCCACAUUCUAUGUGCCAUUGGUGAUCGAAGACGAAGACGUAGAGGGGAAACAGAAUCAAAAGGAGAAGGAGAAGGACUCCUCCCCCUACGGCGGCAGCAGCAGUAGCUCAAGCCUGAGUAGCAAUAACAACAACAACAAUAACACACCCGAACAUACCUCACAACAUCCCCACCAAAAGCACUCGUCCUCCUCAUCGAAACACUUUGGGCUAAGGAAAUCCGGCUCCGUUAAGAGCGGAGUGGCCAAGGUGAGUGCGCUCUUUGAGCGCAGCCACAGCGGUAGCGGUGCUAGCCAGAGCGGAGGGAAGGGCACCAAGAUGUCACCGCCGUGCGGCUUUAAUUGGAGCAUCAGCGGCAGCGAGAAUGCCGCCCAGUAUUCCGACUCGGAUGAGGACGAGGAGCACUCGGUGGAGGCGAUGCAUCGCGAACAGUUGCUCAAAUCGCUGCCAUCGGCCGCGGCAUCAUCCACGGCCUCACCCUCGAAGCUGAAGCGAUAUGGGAUCGUGUUGAAUGUGAUCAGCCUCAAUGGCAGCAGCGACUGCGACUCGGAGGGGGGUGCUUCUGGCGCCGCCCCAGUUGCCGCAGCUCCCAGGACCCACUUUAAUGAGGAUCACGACAUUGUGAUGGCCAAUCCCACACCGCCCAAGCAGCAGGCCCUCUCCCUAUCACCAGCCCAUUCGCGUCAGUCGUCGGUAAACCAAGGCGGUGGAACCACGGCGAAUGACGACGACGAUGACUCAGAGAUAAGUCGCAUGCAGACGAAUACCUCAACUCCCAUCAAGCUGAUGAAGUCGCGAUCGCGCACGAACAUACUCGCCGUACCGCUGCCCAGUGUGGAGAGAGGGCUGGCAACAACAGCUGGGACAGCGACAGCGACUGCGUCAUCACCUGGCGGGAGCAGCAAUUCCACCACAACGACAACCACAACGCUGAUUACGCUGCGAGCCAAAUCGAAGACCCUACCCCAGAACCUAUCCCCGUCAGUAGCACUUCGCGAGGCAGCCGCUCUGCACCAGCCGUAUCCGCAUCCGCAGCCACAUCCGCAUCCGCACAACCUGCCCAAACAGCGGCAACUGUUCGGCGGGAGUACGGCCAGCCAUUUGCCAGAGCAAAGUGGCUCCUCUCCCUACAAACUGCAGGGCAGCGCCUCGGCCACAUCGAUAAUCACGCACAGUUUCCCGCCGAAGAACCUCUUUCUGCUCAAGUCGACGCCCAGGCUGACUGCCGCGGAGGCGACUGCUGCUGGCACGUGUCCGCCGCCGGUGAGCACAUCAGCGAUCUGUUCGCCGCCCAAGAAGUCGCUCAGCUUUAUACGACGCGCCCACUCCACGAAAGUGUCGCGCAGCCAUUCCCUGCUAAAGACCAUCGGGGGAGGAGUGGCAGGGGGACUGGCAGGAGGAGGUGGAGGAGGCGGAGAACUGGCGCACCAGAGCCUGCUGAUGAUGCAAUCGAGCAGCCAGUAUUCGCAGCAGGGAUCGCUGUCGGCGUCGUCCAGCUGUGCUGGCGACAGUGGCAUCGGCACCGGCAGCUGGGGCAAGCACUUUUAUCUGGCCUACGAUGUCUGCCCCCUGGGUCUGGACGAGCUGAACAGCUACUUUCAAACGGACCACUGCGAGGAGCUCAUCUGUGAGCGUUUCAAGGUCAAGGAUCUGGUGAUGCAUGCCACAGCGAAUAGCUCGGUCACAGCCGGCGAAGGAUGCACCACAACGACAACAUUGGAUGAGGAGGAUACGACAGUGACAGCGGACGAUGAUGCGGGACAUCAUUCUGAUACUUCCUAUGAGAAGGCCUGUCGCCGGGGAUCAGCGCCUACAACGCCCAUUCUGGGCAGCAAACAGCACCAGCAGCAGGAGCACAACGCCACGUCGCGUUUUACAAAUUUCUUUACCAAAAAAUCCAAUCCCUUGAAGCGCACCAAAUCGGUGACGAAACUGGAGCGCACAAAGCGUGGAUCGGGCGGAUUGAGAGGCUCUCGUUCGCAUGAGAGUCUGCUGUCGAGUCAUGCGGUUAUGUCCACGAUUGAUCUCUCCUGCACUGGGGCUGUGGGCGUGGCACCCGUCCACCAGUCGGUGCUGGGACGCAGGCAUUGCUUUCAGGUGCGCGGCGGACCGCGCGGCGAACGCUACUACUCGUGCGGAUCGCGGCAGGAGCGUGACCUGUGGAUCUACUCGCUGCGCAAGUCGAUAGCCCCGAAUGCGGAGCACACGCGGCGCACCGACAACUCCCUGAAGAUGUGGGUGUACGAGGCGAAGAAUCUGCCCGCCAAGAAGAAGUACUUUUGCGAGCUGCAGCUGGACAAGACCCUGUACGGGCGGACGAGCGUCAAGCUGCAGACGGACCUGUUGUUCUGGGGCGAGCACUUCGACUUCCCGGACAUACCGGAGAUCAAUGUGAUCACCGUGAACGUGUUCCGGGAGGUGGACAAGAAGAAGAAGCGGGACAAGUACCAGUUCGUGGGCUCCGUGAAGAUACCCGUCCAUGAGGUGACCUCACGGCUGCCCUGCGAGCACUGGUACCCGAUACUCAGCGACAAGGCCGGCGAUAGCCUGGGCCGGCACUCGGGCAACGGCAAGGAGGGCAACGGCAGCAGCGGCAAGGACCGCGAGAAGGAGCAGGUGCCGACGCUGCGUAUCAAGUGCCGUUUCCAGAGCACCGACAUCCUGCCAAUCAAUGUGUACGGAAACUUUCUGGCCUAUCUGAAGGAUAAUUAUAAGCGCGUCUGCGAGACGCUCGAGCCGGUGAUCGGGGUCAAGGCCAAGGAGGACAUUGGCCAGGCCUUGGUCCUGCUGAUGCACGCCCAGGGGCUGGCCGGGGCCUUUCUCACCGACGUGGUGGCCCUCGAUCUGUUGCGCGUGGGGGAUCAGCGGCUCACGUUCCGCGGCAAUUCGCUGGCCACCAAGAGCAUGGAGGCAUUCCUGAAGCUAACGGGCGAGCAGUACCUGCAGGACACCCUCUCGGCGCCCAUUAACGAGCUGAUCCAUUCGGAGCGCGACUGCGAAGUGGAUCCCACAAAGGCGAGCGGCUCAUCAGCGGGGUCCCUGCAGCGCCAGCAGGCGGCGCUGCGUGCCGCCGUGCGCAAUGCCUGGCAAUGCAUCUACGAGUCGCACAAGCAUUUCCCCGCCCAGCUGCGCAACUGCUUUGCCACGUUCCGCGAGCGUCUGCAGCAGCUGGGCCGCCAGGAUAUGGCCGAUAACCUGAUCUCGGCCAGCAUUUUCCUGCGCUUCCUGUGCCCGGCCAUACUGUCGCCGUCGCUGUUCAACAUCACCAGCGAACUGCCGUCGGCGCGGGCCACCCGCAACCUGACGCUGGUCGCCAAGACCCUCCAGACGCUGGCCAACUUCACCCGCUUCCAGGGCAAGGAGAACUUCAUGGAGUUUCUGAACGAUUUCCUCGAACAGGAGGCCGAUCGCAUGCAGCAGUUCCUGGAGAUAAUCUCCUCGCGACCAGAGCACCCGACCCCCGACUCGAUACUGGAUUGGGCAGGGUACAUCGACCAGGGCAAGCAGCUCUCGAUCCUCCACAGUCUGCUCAGCGAGAGUCUGGCCAAGCUGCCGGAGGCCCGACAGCACGAGCUGGAUCCCCUGCAGCACAUCCUCGACGACAUAACCAAAGCCCGAGAGCAGGGAAACCUCGGGAUGGCCCUACCAGGCGGAUAUCUGCCCACAUCCACGCACUCGAUAGCCACCAGCGAGAACCAGGAGAACCGUCAGCCCGGCACCACGGCCGGCGGCAUGGGAAUAGGAAUGGCUGCCUCCUCCUCCUCCUCGUCGGCCGGGGGCGGUCUGGCCGAGCUGCUGCCACAGCAGACACAGCUGGCGCAGCCGCAGCAUGCGAUUGUGAGCAAACCCCUGUCCGCAGAGCGGGGCAUUAUGCGGGGUGUCCUGACACCCAAUUCCCUGGAGAAGAAUAUCUUUCGCUAUAACGAUCCCACAGUCAAUGGAAUACUCCUCCAACAACAGCAACAACAGCAGCAGCAGCAACAACAGCAGCAACAGCAGCAGCAGCAGCAGCAUCCGAUGCAGUUGCUCUCCAAUUCGCAGAGCUCCAUUGCUGGGGUGGGGGUGGGGCAGCAGUACGGAGGAGGACUGCAGCAUGCCCAAUCACAGAGCUCGAUGGCCUCAUCAUCGUUGAAUGGGAGCAGCAGCAACCUGUUGCAUUCGCAUACGCAGCAGCAGCAGCAGCAGCACUUGCAUCAUCCCUCGCAGCAUAUCCACUGCCCGCCCGGACCGCAGACGAGUGCCUCGAGCACAAUGGAGCGUAUGGAUCGCAUGGAACGUCUCGGGCAGACCUAUCAGUAUGUGGUUAAUGGCUCUGGGCACAUCCACGGCCACGGCCAUCAGAAUGGCAACGAGUACGAGGGAAGCCACAGUCAGAGUCCCUCAUCCACCACCAGAUCCAGGACACUGCCGCGCAAUGGCAAUGGUAGUCCCGGCAAUGGCAAUGCCAACGCCAAUGCCAAUCCGAAUAAUAAUAAUCAGAGCGGGGGCAGCUAUGAUGAUAUGCAUGACAGGGAGUUCCAGAUCCAGAUCUCAGGGCUCGACACAAGCAGCGCUUUUGUCCGCAAGUCACCCACGCCCAUGAUGAAGUCCACGAGCGCUGGGGGCCUGGGGGGUGUGUCAGCGGGGGGUGCGGGACGUAUGCACCAGCAUAAGCUGAAUCUGGGGAUACCGGAUCACUCUGGAUCGGGAUCGGGCUACCCGCGACAGCAGCAGCAGCAACAACAGCAGCAGCAGCAGCUUCAACACCAGUCGAACCUCCAUCCCAACUCGAAUAUGCCCAAGAAUCUGGAGGAUCUUGACGAUCUCCUCAAGUAUGCGGAAGAGCAUGAUGUGGUAGAGCAUCACCAGCACCAGCCGCAGCAUCCCCAGCAGGGAGGACACCUAAAGCCCAUGGCUGGAGCAGCAGCAGCAGGACCGGCUCCAGGGAACAGCUCUUCCAACAAGGAGCAACUGUCGGCGAAGAGCAGCCACUGCAGCUCAGGCUAUCAGAGCAUCUCCACCAAUCCCUCGCCCUCGCAGUCCUCCAGCCCCGUGGAGAGUCAACUGAAGGCUGCAAUGAAUCACCCGCAUCACAAUGCGCCGCUGGCCUUCAAGAAUCCCUCAUAUCAGCUGCAGAAUGGACCUCAGCCCAGAGGAGGAACCACCGCAUCCAUAGCCACUCCUCAACAGCAGCAACAGCAGCAGCAGCAACAGUUUGGCCAGCGCCUGAAGAAGCCUCUCGGUGCUGGGGUGGUAGCCGCCCGUGCCGCCUUCCUCAACAGCGGCGGGGCCUUGGACCCGGCCACCCUAACGCCCAGCUCCUCAGACGAACAGCUGUCGGCGGAGAACUACUUUAGCUAUGCGGCGGCCGCGGCUGCCGGAGCAGGUGCUGGCUCCACCAAAAUGGAGGCCCAGCGCUCCCUCAGCGGCGGCAGCAGCUCCUCGACAUCGGCAUCGGUCUCCAAUCUGGGCGGCAAAGGGUCAGCCGCAGCUUACGGGCGACUCAACGGCGGGGGGCCACUGAAGCGCGAGGAUGUUUAUGGCAGUGCCGGGGGCGUGAGCAUUGGCUAUGCCAUGUCCACACCCGGACACCAUCAGCAUCCGCAUGCCCAUCCGCACCACCACCAACAGCUGCAGCAGCACCAGCACCAGCCGCAGCAGCAGUUGCAGGAUCAGAUGAAGCAACAGUAUCCUGGAAGCACGGCCGGUAGUGUGGGCUCCUCGACAUCGGCGACCCAGCGACGUCUCAGCCUCGACUCAGCGCGCACGCUCUCCGACAGCAGCACGGACACAGAGGGACACUGCAGUCAACUGCAGGAGGGGAAGCGACGGCGUCAGUUGCGCAGCAGCGGCGGAGGCGGAGGAGGAGGGGCGAGCACCACCACGGAAUCGGGACUGGGAAAGGUCUACGAUCAGAACGGCGAGAUCCAGUUGCUGCAGCAGAAGCUGGACACGCUGCGGCAUACCCUCGACAGGGACGAGGCAGAGCUGCGGGACUCCAGCGAUGAGCUGUUUCUGCAACGGGCCGCCGGCAGCAAUGGCAGCAACAAUCUGAGCCUCCAGUCAGAGUCCACCAUGCGCAGCAUUAUCGAUCGACUCAUUACCAUGGAGGAGGAGCUGCGUCGAGAGCAGCUAAAGAUGUCGCUGGCGCUGUCCCACAAGCAGCGCGUCAUCGAGGAACAGGGCCAGCAGAUAGCGGCACUGGAUGCGGCCAAUAGUCGACUCCUGAGCGCCCUCACCGCCCUGCGACAGCGAUACGAGACCCAGCAGCAAGCGCAGCAGCACCAAACGCCACCACCAAAGAACCAGAAGCCACAGUGAAUGAGAAAGGAGGAGGACCAGGACGGGGAAUGACGAUCGCUGGGGGGCCGUAAAGAUACAGAUACAGAUACAGACGGUGUGGCACCAAAAGACACAAAGAUACUGUCUCUUGAGGAUACCACACACCAUACCGUCAACGUUUUCGUCUUAAGGAUACUUUUUGUUUAUUUUUUAGAACUUUUUUUUGUGUAUGCUACAUAAAUUAUACUACAUGUUUAAUAUAUAAACUACAGAUAUACAGAUACAUAUUGAUACACAUACAAAUAUUAUGAAUAGUUUCUCAAUCUAUGUUUAAAAAAAAGAAACUGGAAAUGUGAAAAAACGAGACGCCACACGGCGGACGCACGAUGAAAGCAAUGAAAGAUGAACCGCAUGAAAGAAAAGAGAAGAAGGAGCGCCGCAGGAGCGGAAUGGGGAAGAACGAGGAUGUGUGAAGGAAGAACAAGUUAAGAUAUUGAAUAAAAUUAUAACCAAAGUUUGACAAAAAAAUA